AUGUCGUCAAACAGGACCCAGAACCCCCACGGACUGAAACAGAUAGGCCUGGACCAGAUAUGGGACGACCUGCGGGCUGGCAUCCAGCAGGUGUACACACGGCAAAGCAUGGCCAAGUCACGCUACAUGGAACUCUACACGUAUCCUGAGAGAGCUAAGGCGUGUGAGGCCGCUAAACUGUGGUCUGAGUUUGUGGUGUGUGAGAGUUUACGGCUGAGACGUUUACUUUUAUUAACGUGUUUCUCUCAGACAGUUUUCUGAGCUUCAACAAAAACUAGCGCCCUCUGUCCUUGUGAGUUUUUUCUAAGGGUGAAGGAGAGAUAUUUAGAAAUCGUGAGGGAUAUAUUUUACUGAGAGCCGUACAGCUGAAACUAAAAAGAACAAAAGUGUUUUAGUGACAAAGUUUUAAAAAAUCAGUCAUGACUCUUAAAUUUGACUCACUUGUACUUGAUGCAUCCUGCAGUUUGAUCAAAACAAGGUUGAGGAUUUACCACGAAUCGUGUCCUGACAAAAACAAAUAUUUAUGAAAUCGAUAAAUGUUCUUUGUUGGUCUGACAGCGGGACGUUUCCAGCGGUUCGAUCAGAAAUCACACUCGCUGUGCGUUGUGUAAUAACUAGCAUCUGCCUGCUACUUCCUGAAACUAAAACCUGUUUUAUUGCUGUUUGCCCGGGCAACGUGAUCCGACAAAAACCGCCCAGGCCCAGGGGCAAAAACCAGACAGCCUCACGCUCUCUGUGACCACUGGUGAACUUUAAAAAAAACUGUAUAACAGAGUCGGUAACAGAGCCAGGGUGUUUUCAGCUGAAGUGACAGUAAUCAUGAUCGUCUUCAACAUGAGAACAAACACAGAGGGUGAAAAAAGCUCCUCUGAACAUUUGCCUACAUGACGUGACUGACAAAUACUUCCUUUUCCUGAGGGCAGAUUUUAUUUUUGGACAACUUUGCCUCCACCUCUGCAUGUUUCCAGCUGUAAUUAAUGUCUCCAUUUAGCCGUGGUAGCUCAGAUCAGUGAACCCGUCCAGUUAUAACGCAGUAAUCUUAAUGAGUAAGAAUCUGUGUUAGACCUGUUAGAUCUUGUUUGAGAGGACAAUCAAUCAUUUUGUAGAUAAUUACAUUUAAACUUAAUUCUAAAGCAUCUAAACAUUGACUUCAUGGUCAUUUUUGUUUAUUUCCAUCACUUUUAUUCACUAAAAUUACAAACAAAUCAGAUGAGAAACAAAGAAAGAACUUCUGAGAACUCCACAUCAGUUUUUCAGACUUACUAUCAUGUAUUUUGUGUAUUUGUCUGUGUCGUCUUUGUUCGCUCCUUAACCCCUCCCUCAGACAUGUAUAUAACUAUUGUACCAGCGUCCAUCAGUCCAGCCAGGGCAGGGGCUCCGCGCCUCCAGCCAAGCCCUCCAAAAAGUCCACCACCCCCGGCGGGGCUCAGUUCGUAGGCCUGGAGCUCUACAAGCGGCUCAAAGAGUUCCUGAAGAACUAUUUGACCAGCCUGCUCAAGGUGAGUGCACACGCCGCAGAGGACCUGGUCUCCAUCUCGAACCGUCUGCUCUCCUAUCACUGAUUUUCUGCUCCUGUCUGGCUUUGUCUUCCAGGACGGUGAAGAUCUAAUGGACGAGUGUGUGUUGAAGUUUUACACCCAGCAGUGGGAGGAUUACCGUUUUUCUAGUAAGGUCCUAAACGGGAUCUGCGCCUACCUCAACCGCCACUGGGUCAGACGGGAGUGUGACGAGGGACGCAAAGGAAUCUAUGAGAUUUACUCGGUAACAUCUUUCACCCGCUCUUCACUGAUGGUUGUGGAGCGUUUUCAAACCCGGACUCUGUUUGUCUCUACGCUGUAGGGUCUGAACGAGUCAAAGGUACAAGAGGGUUCUGGAAAUACUCCAGCAGUUUGUCUCAGCAGACGAUCGCAGACGAAAACCACGAGCGUCUGAGAUCUUAACAGAGAAAAUAUUUACAGACUUUUUUAAAGAAAUCUGUUCACAACUUUCCCUCCAAAGUCACCAGACUGUGAUCACAGAAACACUUAAUCCACCGUGUAGAACAGGAGUCUCUGCCCGCCAGUUAUUUAAUGUUAGACAAGAAAUCCACUCAGAAGCACAAGAAUAGACAAAGUCAGAGUUCUGCUGUUGGUGUUGGCGGCUUUGAAGGGUGUGUUUUAAGGCUGCUCGCUGAAUGAAUCCAGAUAUUGUUGGAACUUUUGAUCAUUAAAAACCUAAAAUACGUAAAAAAGGGUUUAGAAAAAAACAGGACCUUCUACAAAUGAACUUAACCCUCACACACUGUUCAAAUCCUGGACCCUCACAGUAUGUUCCGGGUCAAAAUUGCCCCUUUCUGUCACAGACAGUUCUCUUGACUAGUUAGGUCAUUUUGACCUCUGUCUAGGUGUGUCUGUGUGACUGUAUGUCUGUGUGACUGUAUGUCUGUGUGACUGUAUGUCUGUGUGCGUGCAUGUGUGUGUGUGUGUUUCUGUCAAGGUAAUGAUAGUUUCAUAAUGAUUUGAAUAUAUCUUUUGAACAACAAACCUUAUAUUGAACACUGUUGUUACUGUUUGUCACUUGUCCCACACUGCUAGAUCUAAAAUCCAUCUAAAUAUAGAUACAGGUCAAAUUUGACCCAUAACAGCCUUAGAGGGGAAAAAUUUGUAGCACAUAAACAAAAAUACACAUGAAUAUUUUAAAAUUAAUUUCAUGUAUUUUGGGUUAUUUCAGGAAAAGUCGUCAAGUUUCAGGCUUAAAAAAUGAUGUUUAGGGUAUUUUUUACUGCCUGUUAAAAGUCAAAACGGGUCAAAUUUGACCCCGAACGGUAUGUGAGGGUUAAGAGCCGAUGUUUGAAGACGACGUUUGACUUCCUCAUAAACAUCACAGCUUAUAUUUGAAGGUUUGACUCCUCAUAAAACCACCUGAUGAUUCAUUCAGAGGUCAGACCCGUCCAAAUAUGUGCUCUGUAAGAGACGAUCUGUAAUCCAAGAUGCAUGAAGCGCCCGUCUGUUUCCUGCGAACUGUUCAAAACAAAAAAACGACAAAGAGAAGGACAGAGAAACGAGAAAGAGGCCUUGAGAAAUAAAAGGUUGUUUUUUGCAGCGUGUGGCCUCAGAGCUUUCCUGGUAUUUCAGGGUCUGAGUUGGUCACAGAGUCUCUGUGUUUCCUGUUUGUGUUGAUACGAAAAAUCAUGUCUCUUCGAUAAUCUAACUGGAGAGUUUAAAGAGUAAAGAAAGGGUCCUCUGUCGUCUCCUGCUGAAAUAAAGAACCUUUUGACCUUUAAACUCAAUCUUUAUGCAGAUUGUCGAGUCUGUAGGGAAACCUAUAAAAUCUCAACCUUUUGUUAACCAUCUCCCUUUUCUCCCUUCCCCCUUUCACACGUCUGUUUCCCCCCCAGCUGGCACUCGUGACCUGGAGGGAGUGUUUAUUCCGACCCCUCAACAAACAGGUGCGUUUGUUUUCUUUUUACCGAGGUGGAGUAACAAACAGCGGAGUGUUUUCAGGAACCCCGACCCCUCAUACGUUGGAAAAAAAAACCAGACACUGAAUAAAGAAACCUGUUUUCUUCUAGGUAACAAACGCUGUGCUGAAGCUGAUAGAGAGAGAGAGAAACGGAGAGACCAUAAACACCAGACUGAUCAGCGGUGUGGUCCAGUCUUACGGUGGGUCAAUAAAGAGUGAGAACGUAGACAAGUCGAACCCUCCUGUUCUGGGUCAAUAUGAGAGAAAAAGACAAAAGAGCUUAGAGAAAUGAGAAAACAGGUUUAUUCACAGUCAGAGAGCGUCUAAAUAUGGAGCCCCUUUAACUGAAGAAGAACCGCCGCGAUGACGUCACAUGUAAACCUUCUGUUCCUCUCCUCUCUCUUCAGUCGAGCUGGGUCUGAACGAGGAGGACGCCUUCGCCAAAGGCCCCACGCUGUCCGUGUACAAAGAGUACUUUGAAUGUCAGUUCCUCACUGACACGGAACGUUUCUACACACGCGAGAGCACAGAGUUCCUGCAGCAGAACCCCGUCACCGAGUACAUGAAGAAGGUCAGCUGUCCUCUCACGGAGAACCGUCUCAGAUCAGAUCGACGGUUCCACCUCAUCUCUGUCUCUCGCGUUUCUCUUCAGGCGGAGGCUCGUCUUCUGGAGGAGCAGCGGCGCGUGCAGGUGUACCUCCACGAGUCCACCCAGGACGAGCUGGCCAGGAAGUGUGAGCAGGUCCUCAUAGAGAAACACCUGGAGAUCUUCCACACAGAGUUCCAGAACCUCCUGGAUGCCGACAAAAAUGAAGGUAAACCCGACAAACGCUCAUACAGCUGGAUUUUAAACAGUCGGAGAAGUGUAUCCUCGUCUUUCUACGCGCUGAUAACAAACUCUGUUCUUCCUCACAGACCUGGGUCGGAUGUACAACCUGGUGUCACGGAUCAUGGACGGUCUGGGCGAACUGAAGAAGCUUCUAGAGACUCACAUCCACAACCAGGGCCUGGCCGCCAUCGAGAAGUGUGGAGAGGCGGCGCUCAAUGUAGGCGCGCUUUAUUUACCUCUGAUCGCCUCUGCUUACAGGAGUCAUGGUUCUGACUUAGGGCUGGGCGAUAUGACCUCAAAUCAAUAUCACGAUAUAUUGAGCAGUUCACCUCGAUGAACGAUAAAUGGACGAUAAACAAGCUGCUCCAACAACUUUUGAACCGUCCUCCACCUCUUCACCUUUCUUUCCCGCUUUGUUACGGACUGGAUGUGGUGGAAAAAUUCGUCUUAAAGGGACAUGAGACCGUAGCCGACCUUCACACAUCCUAAACCAACUUUUAUUCAUUUAUAUUUUUGACACCGAAUACACGGAUAUCGGCAAAAUGACGUCAGUUAUUGUCGUAAAUGUCAGUAUCGGUAAAUUUUCGGUUUAUCGCCCAGCUCUAAUUCAGACCUCCGUUUGAUCAGAGUCUGAGAGUUGAUCUAAGAACAUGAAUAAAAGUAGAGGAGUCGGUCUGAAGAUGAUGUUCACACAUGUAUGUUUCCCACAGGACCCUAAAGUGUACGUCCAGACCACCCUGGAUGUUCACAAGAAGUACAACGCCUUGGUCAUGUCUGCCUUCAACAACGACGCAGGCUUCGUGGCGGCGCUGGACAAGGUCAGAGCUUAACCGUUAAAAAUCCAGCUCCAUAAGAUAAAGAGGCUGCAGGUUCUUCGGCGUCAGAAUGAAGUCUCACGGUGUCUCUUCUGUCUCUCUCUCAGGCGUGCGGUCGGUUCAUCAACAACAACGCCGUCACCAGGAUGGCUCAGUCGUCCAGCAAAUCUCCUGAGCUGCUGGCCAGAUACUGUGACUCUUUACUGAAGAAGAGGUACGAGAUUCAAAUCUGACAACACUCAGGGAUCAUAUCGUUGUUCUCAGACCAGAUCCAAGCUUUUAGUACCAGAAGAAGAACCUGAAACUCUCUCUGUGUUUGUUUAGCUCCAAAAACCCAGAGGAGGCCGAGCUGGAGGACACGCUCAACCAAGUGGUGAGACGCUCUGACCUUUGAGUUCGCAAAAAAACACACAAACACACACAAACACACACAAACACACCGCCUGUUUGCGUUACAUGAAGAGCCCUGCUGAACUACUGACCUAGUCAGGUACCAGAGCUCUGGUCCAGGAUCAAACUGGAUCUGCACCCUCUACAAAAGCCUCACAGAUCUCAUUGGAUCCUGUUUGGUUCAGUCUUGAUUUAGCACUUGUUUAAAAACUUGAGUUUUUGUCGUCUUCAGGUCUUAAGGAACCUGUUUCUUUUUCACCCUGAAGACUGGAAGCACAUCUCUAUCGCUUCUUCUUCCUUCAGUCUGAAUGUUUUUGUUGUUUAGCUCCAGGUUACUACGGCGACGUUGUCUUCAGUAAAACCUAAAAACUUGUGACUAAAUGUUUCUAAGAACAAACAUCAGAGUUACAAACGUGUGAGGGUUCAUUUCGGUCUUUCCUCCUCCAGAUGGUCGUGUUCAAGUACAUCGAGGACAAAGACGUUUUCCAGAAGUUUUACGCCAAGAUGCUCGCUAAACGUCUGGUCCAUCAGAACAGCGCCAGCGACGACGCCGAAGCCAGCAUGAUCUCCAAACUCAAGGUGAGGCUUUAACCAGUCGGUCACGUCCGGUCGACCUUUAAAACUCGCCUGACUCCGUCUCCCAGAAACCUCGGAAACCUCAGUCCGGUUCCUCUUCUGUUUGUGUUCUCCUGCAGCAAGCGUGCGGCUUCGAGUACACGUCCAAACUGCAGCGGAUGUUCCAGGACAUCGGAGUCAGUAAAGACCUGAACGAGCAGUUCAAGAAACACCUGACCAACUCUGAGCCUCUGGACUGUGAGUACACACACAAACACACACUCAUACCUGUACCUGACCUUUGGUUACACACCUGUAUCACUGGGGCUGAAACAUGAGAGAGCAGAGUGAGGGGAACGUAGAGGGUCUGGGUUGGACUGGGGGUUUCUGUGAGGACUGUAACCUCGCGGUCUGAGGGUGAGGGGUACGCUGAGAGGGAGAAUUUGUUGGACCAGAUGUUCAGUCUCAAGGCUCAAACCUACAGGAUGUGUAUUUGGAGCGUGGCAGCAUCAUAUCGAGAGCAGCUCUGCUAAAGAUACACGGCGAGUCUAUUUUUGCUGCUCUACGCUUCCAAAGCACGUCGACCCACACAGAGAAGAUCGUCCCAGACAGGAAGUGAAGCACGAAAACUGUGCAUGUCUUCUGGUAUUUCAAAAUAAAACACCAUCUGUGAACUCCAGACUGUGAGUCAGUUUGUAAAGAUGAUAAAUCCUUCCUGGUUCUGGAUUUAUCAGUAACACAGAAUAAUCUGAUGGUGAAUCCCUGAUCCAUGUGGAUCCCAACAGGACUUUGAACUGCUAACUCUGUCUGAAGGAAACAGCAAAAAGGGACAUGUAGAAACUGUAGAAUCACAUUGCUUUUUCACAUAAAGUAGAGGCUCAACGUUGUCGUCGUUUUCUUCCACUUAUCGGGGUCACGGGGGCAGCAGCUUCAAGAGGGAAGCCCAGACGGCCCUCACCCCAGCCACUUCCACCAGGCGCUCCCAGGCCAGGCGAGAGAUAUAAUCCCUCCACCUGGUCUCCACCUCUAAUGGGAGGCGUCCAGAAGGCGUCCUAACCAGAUGCCCGAGCCACCUCAGCUGACUCCUCUCGAUGUGGAGGAGCAGCGGUUCUCCUCUAAGCGCCUCCUGAGUGUCCAAACUCCUUAAAACCCAUUUCGGCUGCUUGUAUGCGCGGGCUCAACGGUCGCUGAAUUCUAUCGAAAUUAGCAGGAAACGACCACAGAGAGGAAACACAACCUGUCGUGAGCGUGAUGUUUCCUUUAUUCUGAGUCCAGCUGACUGGUGCUGCACUACGUCGCUGCUAUGCUCCAAACACGCGUCCUGUGUGCGAUACCCAGGACGGCAAAUACAGAAGUGGCUCGAUACGGAUCAGAAUUCAGAGAAACAAGAUGGUUAAAAAAACAGAAAAACAAGUUUGUUUGCGUAUCAAAGCACAUCGAACUCGUAUGAUUGACCCUAACCGACUGAUUUCAAACCUCUCUCACAGUGGACUUCAGUAUCCAGGUCCUCAGCUCCGGGUCCUGGCCUUUCCAGCAGUCCUGCACCUUCGCUCUGCCCUCUGAGGUAACUCCUGCACAUUGAAGCCGUUUCUAUUUCAGCUCAUUUGUCACCGACAGGUUUGAUGAGAUCAGGUUUUAUUCCUGCUGUUAGAGAAAGAUAUACGUCUCAGUCUCUGCAGCUUUGACUCAGAACUACUGAUGACUGAGGGGAGAUUUCUACAAACCUGGUUCCUUUUAUGUAAACGGUACAAACUUCAGGCUAAGAGCAGAGAAAUCACUUCUGUUUCUGAUCCUCCUCUCUCUUAGUUGGAGAGAAGCUACCAGCGCUUCACGGCGUUUUACGCGAGCAGACACAGCGGCAGGAAGCUGACCUGGCUCUAUCACCUGUCCAAAGGAGAGCUGGUCACCAACUGCUUCAAGAACAGGUGUGCGGAGUCUUUUUGAAGUCUGAAACUCUGCGGGUCUGUCUGAUCUGAACGAGUCCACGCUGACGCUGUCGUGGUUGUUUUCAGGUACACGCUUCAGGCCUCCACCUUCCAGAUGGCCAUCCUGCUGCAGUACAACACAGAGGACAGCUACACCGUCCAGCAGCUGACCGACAGCACACAGAUCAAAACUGUACGCACCUUUGAACCACCUUCUCAAGUCCGGAUCAGUUUUUUUAUCAUCGGCCUCUGUGACCCACGAAACUGGACAAAUGUUGAAUUUCUCUGUUUCUUCAUUUUCAGGACAUUCUGGUUCAAGUUCUGCAGAUCUUGUUAAAAUCAAAGCUGCUGGUGAGUCAAAGAAACUUCUUCUCUGUUUGAAGAUGUUCCUCAGAUGUUCUCAGAUCAGUUUUAAAUAUCAAAACUACGACUUUAUUCCUCUAGAAACACAAACAAAAAAACUUUACUCAGUCUAAAAUCAAACUCCUGUCCUAAAACGUACCUGUGGUUCUCUUUAUGAACACCAGAGGGCGCCAGAUGAACUAUUUCAAGUGUAACAGGGUUAUUAGAGUUGAGAACUUCUUUAUCCUCAGAAACAAACCUGUGUGGACGUCUUUUUUAACACAAUAAACUAAAGUGAGCUGUUAUUGAUCAGUGAAUCUGCAGCUGCAGGAUAAAAACCUGUCUUCUUUAAACUCACACACCUGUCUCUGUCCAUCUGUCUGUCUGUCCGUCAGGUGAUGGAGGACGAGAACGCCAACGUGGACGAGGUGGAGUUCAAACCCGACACCGUCAUCAAACUUUUCCUCGGAUACAAAAAGUGAGAAAUGAAUUCCCCUCCGGUCCCGAUCAUCGCGCAGAUCAGAGUCUUCAGGUGGUGUUUUUAAAUUUCCUCUCCUCCGCAGUAAAAAACUGAGAGUGAACAUCAACGUCCCGAUGAAGACGGAGCAGAAACAGGAGCAGGAGACGACCCACAAGAACAUAGAGGAGGACCGGAAGCUCCUCAUUCAGGUGAGCGCUGACACCUGAAGGAUUAAAAAGUGAAGGGUUGAAGCCCACUGAAUCUUUUAAAGUCGCUUAAAUCUCAGACAUCGACGAUCGACGGAUCUUCACAGUGAAGCAGCAGGAAUCCAUUUAUAAGAUCCACAGUCUCCAGACCGGUCCAGACACACAGAAUCCAGUCUUUCAACAAGGGGAAGGAUUUGAGUCUCAUCAAUAUGCGACAAACGGCAGGUCACUUCGCAGACGCAAUCUGUUCAUAUCAGAUGUCGCAUUCGUUGUUGUCAUGUGAACGACCGCACAAAAAGAUCGGAUUUAACGAAAAAUCCAAACUGUGGAUCAUAACCUGCAGUGUGAACGUAGAUAAGAAGCUGUUCCUCUUCAAGUGUCCUCAGGUGAAAACAUUUUACACCAGAGGUUCAAACGUGGAUUUAAGGAGUCAGAACUUCAGUCAGACAGAAACCUCCUCAUGCUUCAGACUGAUUAUUACAUUUCUGUGUUUUUUGUGUCUUUGUUCGGGAUCGUUUAAAUUCAGCUUCCUCUGUGUGUCCCAUUGGUCAUGUGACAUGUCUUUUAAUCUGCUGGUUUCCCUCAUCAUUAUCAUGAUUAUUAUUAUUAUUAAAGUCUGUGUCUGUGUGUCGUACAGGCUGCUAUAGUGAGGAUCAUGAAGAUGAGGAAGGUCCUGAAGCACCAGCAGCUCCUGGCUGAAGUCCUGAACCAGCUGUCGUCCCGGUUUAAACCCAGAGUCCCCGUCAUCAAGGUAACCCCCUCCACUCCUGAGUGGGCGAUCUCACCCGCCCUCAAACUCCAGAAUCUGACAUAUGUAAAGUAUGUCCCUGUCCUCACCUGUGUGUGUGUGUGUGUUUUGUGUUUUGUCUCCCUCCUGUGGACAGAAAUGCAUCGACAUCCUGAUAGAGAAGGAGUACCUGGAGCGAGUGGACGGCGAGAAGGACACGUACAGCUACCUGGCCUGA